AUGGAAUUGCUAAGAACAUUAACGGACAAAGACUGGAGCAGUUCACUCAAACUGCAGGAUCAUUCUGUCAGCAAGAGGCUUUACCCACACUUCUCUGCUAGAAUUCGGAGCCGAGGAGGAGAAGGCGGAGUGAGCCGGGCUCGGCGGAGCGCGGCCGAUCCCUGGCGGCGGCGGCGGCCGGAGCGUCGUGCGCGCCGGGCUCUGUCCCUGCAGCUGCAGGAGCCUGUAGGCCUCGGCGGCAGCGGCCUCCUCAGCGCAGGGCGGCGUUGGCGGCGGGUUCAGGAACGGGCAGCUGCUCGGGCUCCGCUCGGUCCCGUGCGCUCGGCGCGGCCCCCUGCCUGCGAUGGCUGCUGUCUCACUCACAUUCCCGGCGGAGCCCUGCGGAGGGGCCUGCGGAGGGGCGGCCGAGCGCGGGCCGAGCGGAGAGGAGCCGCGGUACGGCGGGCGGGCGGGCGCGGCGAGCGGCGCUGCGGCUGGCGCUGGGGGCCUCCUCUGCCGCUGGCUGGCUGGGGGAGCGAGGGGUCCCGGCUGUCUCGGGGUCGCGCUCGGGCUCGCUCACUCCUAUUGUCAGCCACUCUCACUGGGCUCCGGCCAUGGCACACACACAACCGAACGUGCUGCCACCGCCCACAGCCCGCCCCCCGCACACGCCCACUCAGCCUGCUGCCGCCGCCGGGACGCGCCGCCUCAUUGGCGCCCGCCGCCGGGAAGUGGGAGCGCCGCCGGCCGAGCCAGCAGAGGUACGGGGCUGGACAGGACGCGGGCGGCAAGCGCAGACCGGAGGCCGGGCACCCACCGGGCGCUACUGCUGAGCCUGGCGGCGCCUCGGCAGGAGGAGCUGGGCUUUCCCUCGGGGCUGGCGGUGCUCCACCGGGCUCCUCGUCCGCUGCCCUCGCACAGGCCGCCAGCAAGGCCUCGGACCGGGUAGCGCUGCCCGCCUGGCCCUGUAGCUCGGGGAGACCUAUGCCCUACCGCGGGGCUGGCGCCCGGGUCUCUGUGCUGAAAGGCGCGCCCCGAAAAGAGACCCUCCCCGUCGGACAGGGCAAGGCCCGCUGCCCCCCGCACCCAGCCGAGCGAGGAGGGGAUGCCUGCCAAGCCAGGAACUGUUUCUCACCCUGGACCUGGAGCCAGUACCCCCCGAACCUACCCAAGGCUGCCUCCUGGACCCGGCAGGCGGAGAAGGGACCUCCGCUGCAUGUGUUUCAAUGAUCACAGGAUCUUCUCCUUCCCAGAGGCUAGUGAAGACUAGAAAGAAAAAAAAACGCACUCGUGAUGAAAUGUUCUCUGAGCUCAUGCUGCCCUCCCACACUGACGGAGCACAGACAAAUGCGUGGAGGCAAAUAACGUCAGAGUGCAGGAAAGCACAAAAUGACCUGGAGGAGAGGUGGCGGGCUGAAGAGAGUAAGUGGCAGGCUGAAGACAAGGCUGAAGCUCAAAUGUGGCGGCACCAUGAUGAGAGGAGGCAGGAUUCAAUGCUGAGGCUGCUGGAGGAUCAAACCAGUAUGCUCCAGUGUAUGGUUGAGCUGCACCAAAGGCAGCUGGAGCACAGACUGCCACUACAGCCCCUGUGCAACCAACCGCCCUCCUCCCCAAGUUCCAUAGCCUCCACACCCAGACGCCUAAGAACGCAGUGAGGGGGCCACCAGCCAACCAGCCACUCCGCCACAGAGGAUUGCUCAAAAAAAAAGAAGGCUGGCAUUCAAUAAAUUUUAAAGUUGUAAACUUUUAAAGUGCUGUGUGGCGUUUUCCUUCCCUCCUCCACCACCCCUCCUGGGCUACCUUGGUAGUCAUACCCCGAUUUGUGUGAAUGAAUGAAUAAAGAAUGCAUGAAUGUGAAGAAACAAUGACUUUAUUGCCUCUGCAAGCGGUGAUCGAAGGGAGGAGGGGAGGGUAGUUAGCUUACAGGGAAUUAGAGUGAACCAAGGGGCGGGGGGUUUCAUCAAGGAGAAACAAACAGAACUUUCACACCGUAGCCUGGCCAGUCAUGAAACUGGUUUUCAAAGCUUCUCUGAUGCAUACCACACCCUCCUGUGCUCUUCUAACUGCCCUGGUGUCUGGCUGCGCGUAACCAGCAGCCAGGCGAUUUGCCUCAACCUCCCACCCCGCCAU